CAGAAGAAUGUUAUCACUGAGAUAUCUGACUGUCUCUUUCACAGAGAAAUGGGGGGAAAUCAGACGUCUGUCACAGAGCUCAUCCUCCUGGGGUUCUGUGUCAGCCCAAGGAUUCAGCUGCUUCUCUUUGGACUGUUCUCCUUCUUCUACGCCUUCACCCUGCUGGGGAACGGGGCCAUACUGGGGCUCAUCUCGCUGGACGCCAGGCUGCACACCCCCAUGUACUUCUUCCUCUCCCACCUGGCUGUUGUAGACAUCGGCUACUCCUGCAACACCGUGCCCAGGAUGCUGGUGAACCUGCUGAGUCCCACCACCUCCAUCUCCUUCGCUGGCUGCAUCACACAGGCUUUCUUUGCUUUUACUUUCGCUCUGACCGAAUGCCUUCUUCUGGUGGUGAUGUCCUACGACCGCUAUGUGGCCAUCUGCCACCCGCUCCGGUACUCUGCCAUCAUGAGCUGGAAGGUCUGCAUCAGCCUGGUGGUGACUUCCUGGUCAUGUGGCUUCUUUCUGGCCCUGCUCCAUGUCAGUCUUACCCUGAGACUGCCCUUCUGUGGACCUCAUGAGAUCAACCACUUCUUCUGUGAAAUCAUGUCUCUUCUCAAGCUGGCCUGUGGUGACACCUCGCUCAACCAAGUGGUCAUCUUGGUUGCUUGUGUUUUCACAUUAGUGGGUCCCCUUUUUCUGGUGAUGGUCUCUUAUACCCGCAUCCUCGUGGCCAUCCUGAGGAUCCAGUCCGGGGAGGGAUGCAGAAAGGCCUUCUCCACCUGCUCCUCCCACCUCUGCGUGGUCGGGCUUUUCUUCGGCAGUGCCAUCGUCAUGUACAUGUCCCCCAAGUCCAGCCACCCUGAGGAGCAGCAGAAGGUCCUUUUCCUGUUCUACAGCCUGUUCAACCCGAUGCUGAACCCCCUGAUCUACAGCCUGAGGAACGCAGAGGUGAAGGGUGCCCUGCGGAGAGUGCUGUGCAAAGAGAGACGCGCCCAAUUGGGCUAA